AUACUUGUCAAUGACCGCCAAUCAGUCUUCAACAUACGGAUUACGGAUUAUAAUACCGAGAAAAAAAAACAAAUAGAGUUCCUCAGCUAUGAUUCAUCAACUAGUUUUAUCUAGGUUUUAUCAGUAGUUCGUCGUGAAAGUCCCCAAAUUUUGUGUUUGUACUCCUACAAUUUCUCCGUAGUAUGUCAUUCUAGUUGUAACGUCACAAGCGAAAGGGGCGUUCGAACCUCCAAAAUGAGUAAGCAGCCCUACAACUACGGCGCCACCGCGUCCACCGAAGUGGGUUUCAUCGGUAAACGCUCGCCAGAAUUCAACAAUUUGUGCGACAAUGUAGUUACAAACAUUUACACCAUAAACUCUAGUUUAAAAACGCUGGACAACGCGUUGAAAACCAUAGGAACCCGCAAAGACAAUCAAGGACUCAGAAACACAAUUCAUGUCACUCAACUCAGCACAAAUCAGAUAGCCUCAGUCACCAGUAAAGAUAUCCACAAGCUCAAACAACUGGUUUCAAAAACUGAAAAGCAACAACAACUACAAGUGGAGAAGUUGGAAGAAAACUUCAAAGAAGCUAUCACGCGGUAUUACUCUCUACAGAAGGACUUGGCAAAUAAACAAAAGUCAAAUUUGCUGGUAUCAGUAAGUAUAGAGAAUGAUUACACACCGGAGGAGGAGUCUGAGCAGCAGAGGCAGGCGCAGUUAGCGCGGGAAAUGGCUUUUGAGCAAGACAUGUUGCUCGAAAGGGAGGCUAGGAUUAAGCAAAUUGAAGCAGAUGUACUUGAUGUGAAUGAGAUUAUGAGAGAGUUGGGGUCUCUGGUGUAUGCACAAACUGAAACUAUAGAUACUAUUGAGAAUAGCAUAGAUCAUGCAGCUGGCAAUGUAGAAGAGGCGACUGAACAGCUGGCCACGGCAGCACGUUAUCAGAAUAAGUAUAGGCGUAAGUUGCUAUUCUUGGUGCUCAUCGGACUAUUAAUUGUCACAAUAAUUGUUAUAAUAUUGGUGGUGCAAUUAAAAAAGUAGCUUCACAUUAUCAUACUUAAGACUAAUGUUACUGCGUGACAUUAAGUUGCUUAUUGUUAUUACAUUUAUAUACAGUAUACACAUUUUUAUAGCAAGUAACUAUUAUAGAAUUUAUAUUUAUUGUGAAUUAGUAACCACAUGAAAUAUAGAAGAGAGUGGUA